AAGCGGGGCUCGAAGUCACUCACGCACGGUGAGAUCAUGAGCUGAGCCGACAUCAGAUGCUCAACCAACUGAACCACCCAGGUGCCCCUAUACCAACUUUUUAAACACCACCCUAGGAUCCCCAGAAUCCAAUCACCCAGGCUUAUGAAUUAGAGGAAGUGACACCUGGGUAACAAUGGGAAUUCCAGGGAGAGUUACUUUGGGAAUCCAAGUUCAUUUGACUGCACAUCUUUAUGAUAGGAUUGUAGGGGUGCUGCAUGUUGUGUCAGUCAUCAAAUGUUGGAGAGGCAGAAUAAGUGAGGACAUCAGCCUGAGUUCAGGGCAAGAUAUCCUCUAAACCAGCUCAGCAAACACGGACUAUUCACUGUUCCUCUCUGGGUGUUGCUAGCCAGGUCUCUUAACUCCACCCUCGACUCAUUAAAAUCGGUGCUGGGCUGGAAAAAUCAUCAAGAUCCUUCUGACAAUAAGAUUUUCUGUUCCCACAUGUCUCUAGCCACCUUCUCAUGGUGACUUCUAGUUAAUCUCGUAUUUCUAUUUGUGUCAAUGAAGAGAAACCCCCUGGAGCCACAAAGGCCAUUGAUCCCCCCACUUCACCAGCCUUAAAGUGAUCCUUACCUCUGUGUGCUCCAUGCCUCUUGCCCUCUCCUGAGUCUAUCCUCAUCGUCUCAACUCUUCUAGGUCCACUUGAAAUCCCACCCCCCCAGCAAGAUCCUACUUGACUCUUCCCCAAGCCACAUUCAGAGACAUUGCAGUGGCAGCUUGAAGGCAGUCACUUUAGGAGCAUUUAAACAGAACUGGCAAGAACUACACAUCAGGCCAUCAGUAUUGUUUUGAGAGCUCGUUUAUGAGCCCACCACUGCUCAUACCCAAUGUCCUACCCCCAUUUGACUCCAGCCAUUUAAUACCCCACAGGCCAUUGUUUUAUCAUGUGCCUAUACAUGUCUCACUACAGAGACUGUAGGGUCAUCAAAUUCUUUACAUCUCUGCAGUACCUCAUGUACCUUAUAAGUAGUGAGCACUCUGUCCGUACUGUUCAUCUCAUUUCCUUGGGUGUACUUUUUUCGAUCCAGUUGGUUGCAUGAAAAUCUGUUAAAUAGCCCAUUGUCAUUUAUGCAUUCAUAAACCAUUUAUUCAGACCAAGGAGCAUUUACCGUGUGCCAGGCAUUAGUUCAACAGGGAGAAUCCCUAAUAGUAAAAGCAGUAGGAGGUCUUUUCCCACAGAGAGCUCACAUUCUAGUCAGGAGAGACUAAAAAUAGACAAGUAAGCAAAUUAACAAAUAAAUUGGAUGCCGUCUGUUAACAAUAAAAGAAUAACUUAGAAGGAUGGAAUAGAGGAACUGGAAAUUGGGUGGUACCUAAUCUCAGGUUCAGAUGUGUAUUUGCUUCCUGUUGCUGCUGUAACAAACUAUCACAAGUUUUUUGGCUUUAAACAACACAUAUUUAUUAUCUUACAGUUUGGGACGUCUGAAGUCUAAAAUGGGUUGGCAGGCCUGUGUUCCUUCCGGAGGCUCUAGGGAAGAAUCCAUUUCUUGCCUGUUGCAGCUUCUGAGUCUGUUUGUACUGCUUGGCUCCUGGCCCUGCACAUCUCUGACCUCUGCUUGUGUCAUCACAUCUCCAACUCUGACUCUCUUACCCCCUUCUUUUCCUUAUAAAGAUCCUCCCUGCCUGGGUAAUCCAGGAUAAUUUCCCCAUCUCAGAAUCCUAAACUUGAUCAUAACUGAAAAGUCCCUUUUGCUCUAUAAGGUGGCCUAAUCAUAGAUUCCAGAGAAAGGAUGUAGACGUCAUCAGGGGACAUUAUUGUGCCUCCCAAGGGAAGGCUUUCUUCAGGAGGUAACAUUUGAGAUGACACUCAAAUAACAAAAACAUAUGAUGGAGAGUAUUCCAGAUAGAACAUCCUGCAAAGAUCAUGAGCCUGGCCUGAGCCUAGAGUUUCUGAGGAAGGUUCCAACUCAUUCGAAUGAGCAUCCAGAGGGAGGCCAGGGAGGUAGGCAGGGCCCAGGUGCCUCAGCAUCAUGGGGGCUAGAGUGGGAGCAUGGACUUCAUUCUGAGUGUGAUGGGGAGUUGGCAGAGGACUCAAGAGUUGUGUUUUUCACUGGGUUGAUCCAUACUUUAAUGGAAACAACUUCUCUGUCAAUUGUCUAAAGCAGUGCUGGCCAGUAGAAAUAUAAUGCAAUGCACAUUUCUAAUUUUAAGUGUUCUGGUAGCCAUAUUUUUAAAAAGUGAAAAGAAACGGGGUAAGUUAUUCUUAAUAAAACAUGUACUUAACCCCAUACAUCAAAAAUAUUAUUUCAACAUGUAAUCAAUAUAAAGAACAUAAGAAUGUGAUAUUUUUACCUUCUUUUAAAAAAAGUAUUACGUCUUCAACCUCUGGUGUAUGUUUUAUGCUUAAAGCACAUCUCAGUUUUGACUAGUCAUAUUUCAAGUGCUCAGUAGCCACCUGUGGUUUGUGGCGACCGUUUUGGACAGUGCACCUCUGGACACGGUCCUCACAAUCCUGUGAAGAGUCUACUCAGGGAAUGUUUGAAAAAGCAGUGAACAGUGGGGUGUCACACAGAAUGUGGGGCACAUGUCACUGCCCUUAGCCAUUCCCAACUUCAUAAGAAUAUAAUAGAUUCUAGACAGGAAUGUGUCCCCUGGUCCACUCUGAGUGGACUCUUGCCUGGCUGGAACCUCCAAGGAACACCUAUCUCUAUCCAUUUGAGUGGUCUUUAAAUUCACCUCUUUGUCUACCCCUCAUACCUUUAAUCCCCUGAGAGUUUUAGCCAAAGCCACACUUUCCCCACUUCUUUAUAGACAGGGCCAUUUAUUCAACUCAUUGUACCAAUAUUAUGGAAAACAAGGGCAGAGGUCAAGAAUGGGAAAAAUUGAAUGAAGCAACAAGAGGGUAUCAGUUGCUAGGCAAGAACUGUAUCUCAGACGCUCCCAAGCUGUACCCAUGCCUUCCUGUGCUCUCACAGCGACCCGUCCCUGAUACUAACUAGCCACAAAAGUCUAGCCUGAAAGGCUUAGUACAAUAACACCGUGUAUAUUCAUUUAGAAUUUUUACAGUGAUAUUAAAUUAAAAGGGUUUAUGAAAUAGAAAAUAAAGAUCUGAAUUAAAAAGGUAGGUCAUGGAGGUUACAUAAAGGCCAGCUUAGGAGAAGCAUAUUCAACACUGCACAAGACAGUAAAAAUAACAGCAACGUUUAUUAGAAUAUCCUAUUUAGAGCCAGUGAUCUGUGCCACACUGCUUUCCGGAAAAGGGAUGGCACCAGGUUCCCUUCUGAUGAUGGAUUUGGUGGGCUGGCACCUUGACCCGGACAUCUGGGCUGUGAGUACCAGCAGCACCAUCAAAAGACAGUUUGGCUGUUUUGACAUGUAGGGACAGAAGCUCUCAUGUGCAAGGACAAAGGUGCCUUCAGUGAGUGCUUUGGGGCUUUAGAGCAGCAGUGAAAUUACCAGUGGCUCUAAUUAGUGUGCCUGCAAUCUGGAGCGAUCUAUAUCUGCAUCCCAAAAAGGGGUGGAAUGCUUCCCUGUGAUAACACAUUAGCACAAGACAUUCUUGGGUGAGUUUCCCAAAAUGACAAGGACAUGAUGGUGUGGGAGAGAAUCAGCCUCGAUGGAAACCUGUUGCUUUCAAAAUCAGCAGCCAUCUUUGCAAUCAGCCAGUGAACAAAUAUUUGUCUACUACCUGUGAAGUGCUACAAUCUGGAGGAACUUAAGCAGCAUGAGGUCCCUACUACCCAGGGACUUAAGACCUGGCUGAAGAAAAAAAAAAUAACUGUGCAAUAAUAAAUAAUAGUACAUGGCACCACUGUGAUACACUGGGUCAGGUUCUGGCCUGAGAAUCAGUAGAUCGAAGUUCUGCCACGAACUCAGUUACUUCUGAGUGCUACUACCUGUGGUCUAGUCAUCACCUAGCAGGGACAAUGGUUACUGGAUCGCCCAAGACUCAUUUCCUUAGGACAAGGCACCUUACCUCUCUGGACCUCAAGAUCUUCUAGAAAUCAAGAGGGUUUGGAUAGAUUAUGAUGGUGGCAAUAAUAAUAAUGGCUCCACACCGUGACGUCUAACUUUGUGCUCGUGAUUGUGCUACAUACGUUACAUAAGUAAAGUUUUCCCAGUUUAUAUAGAUGAGAAAAUGGAGGUUUAGGCUAAGUAACUUACCCCAAAGCAAAGAGCACUGACUAAUGCAGACCUGAGAUUCAAUAGCAAGCCUUUGAGUCUGUAAGUUUGGAAUCUAAAUGCCCUGCAACCCAUCCCAGCUAUCACAUUCUUUAGUUCUGGGACCUGAAAUAAUCAUGGGAAGAUUACUUGGGAGGCUUACUGGGUGAAGACUGAUGGAAAAACCAUGUUGCAGUAAAACAUGGACCGGAUGUAAGCAGAGCUCCAGAGGGAGAAAGACACCUGUCGCUGUGGCUCAGAGAAUUCAGACCGAACUGUAUCAGAACACUGUGAUGCUGGAAUUCUGCAUCUCCAUCUGGGAUAUGCUGAUCAACCAAUGCCGGUGUCUCAGUUUGCACUGAUGCAGCACUGGUCAUUCGGCAAGAUAGUCACACAGCAGGCGGAGUUACCAGAAGGGGACUUCAGGGCUGCUGCGUGAAAAUAAGUCUCAACUCUUCAACAUUUUCAUUUUAUACUAGUCUCAGCCACAGGUGGAAGAGCUGUGAAUUUCACUUUAGCCAUAAUGUUUGGUUAGGACACACACACACACACACACACACACACACACUGGCACCCACAAAGUCUUCACUUUGAGGCAAGGGUGGGUUUGGUUUCCUUCGCUUACACAACUGAUGCCGCCCAGGGACUCUUUGGUUUAGAUGGCUCAUUAGCCACAAACUGUUUCGUUAUGUGUUGCCCAGUUACCUUGGCUUCCUGCACGUUCUCCUGAGCGGAUAGUUCAUCUUCUUAUCUCAGAGAAUUGUUUCCCCAAGUAGCUCCAGAGUGUGUAGCUUUGAUACCAUCGAGGCAAGAAGGCAUUAAACCACCCUUUUUGUAAUUAUUUUAAUCGUACUUUUUCAUGUCUGCUUCAUGAAAAGAUGAUGUGGUUAGAUUUAAGCUGGGCCUUGCUGAGGGUGUCGUUUAUGCCUGGGGUUACCCACAUGGUCACGUGCCUUACCUUCUUUUGCAGCAAGGUGAUCUUAUCUUCUUUGUUGCACCUUGCCAGAGAGCAUCCACCUCCUUCCAGCUUUUAUGUGUGUAUGCAUGCACACACAUGUGCGUUUAGGCGUGUGUGGAGGUUUGCUCGUGGCAGCAGCUUGUAAAAUGAUACCUUGCCAUUCAUCUAUAAUGAGGCCUUUGCUCUACUCUUAGAAAAGAAAACCUUUAUUGGCUUUUCACUUGGGAAUUUGGAGCAAAGUUUUCCUUAAGCAGACGUAUUUCUAUUUAAUUUAAGCAGGGAAUUCUCUUUUUCCCUCUAUGUGUCAGGAACUGACCCAACUACUUAGGGGACAAAGAUGAAUAUGAUUGAGCCAGUGUCCUUGAGAGAUUUUCACCGUAGCCGUUGAGAGAAAGCAUGUUAACAAAUAGCUAGGAUUUAACCCAGAAAGGGCCGAGAGGUGCCAUAAAUGCAGUUCUGAAGGAAGACAGACAAAGGGGACUAGAAAGGAAGAGCCAGGGGACGUUAUGAAAAGGAGAAGACAUUUAAAAUCCAUAUUUAAAGUCAAGUACAAGUAUUCCAGUUAAAAAGGUAAAAAGUAUUCCCAGCAGAGGGAAUAGCAAAAGAGAUAAGGAAGAUAUGGACAUGUGGGCUAUGUUUAGUAUGGCUUGAGCAGAGCAGGUAUACAAAGGUGAGGCUGGAGAAAGGUGGGCUGACCCAGCUAGAGGAGGGCUCUGUGCAUUGUCCUGGGAUGUUUAGCACCGGGGAUAGCAUCCUGGGAUCUUCAGCUGUAAGCACUUUUAGCACGUAGUGUCCUAGGAUCUUUCGCCUUAAGAUUUAAACCCAAUGAGUGCACCAGACCCCCCGGGAAGACAGGAGGACACCUUACGGGUCCUUGCCAAAAUGAAGACCUUGGCCUUCCCCAGCCAGACAGGGCUGUGCCUGCCAGUCUCUCCCUGGUUCUGACUCAGCCUGUGGCUUUCCUUUCACAAGUGAUUUAACCCUCCUAGUACCUGGCUUGCUGUGGUCAGAGUGUGAAUCCUCAAAGUGUCCUUGACUUCUGCUGACACCUUGAAAGACACAUGGGAAGAAUUGCUUUUAUAGCUCAUGUGGCUCUUGGGAAGUCAGUGGGCACUUAACCAUGACCUCCACAGGGACAGUAGAAGCAGGCAUUGGUUUGGGUGGUGGCAGUACAUUAUUGCCAGGCUAGGCAAAGAGCUCUGUGCCUGGGAGACUUAGAACUCGUGGCCUUGCCUGGCCUCUGCCACUCUCAGGCUGAAUGACCUUGGACAAGUACUUUCUGUCCAGGCUCCAGUGAACUCACCUGCUCAUGGAGGGGCUGGCCUCCAUGGCUUCCUUCUGUGUCUGAUUCUGCCUUACCUCUUUAACUUUUAGGAACCCAGAAUGUUCUAUGAUGGAAGAGUCUGACCAGAAGCAUUUCAUGUUAACAUAGGGGCUCUGGGAGUUUUGUGCCUUGGACGAGGGAAGAAGAAUCACCCGGAGGCCCAGUGAGGAUGCCCCUUCCUCCAUCUCCUAGCAGCAAAACAGCUGGAGAAGGAGGGAGGCAGAACCCAGCUUCCUAACUGAGUCGUCCUUGGGUGUGGAGGUUCGGAGAAUGCCCCCUGGGAAGGGGGCUCUGGGAGCCACACAGCAGCAGUGGGUAGAAAAGGAGGGUGGAGUGAGGGGGAGGGGGCUACAGCACGCAGUUGUCCUCUGGCUCAGAUAGAUCCAACCAGCUCCAGCCCCACCACCACUGCCCUCACCCGGCAGAUGCUGUGGCCUGCUUCCACUGCCUGGCCACUCAGUGCCUCCCAGGCUGCGUGUCAUGUUUGUCACCCUGUUUUCUACUCUGAAGGCUGAGCAUUCUCAAGUCAUAUGCAUUGAGGGCUCCUCUGCACAUGGUCCUCAGUUGGGUUUCAGCGGAGGUGAUCCAUGGCCGCCAAAGCAUAUGUAGAUGGCAGAGCCCAGGAUGGUCUGGCUGCAGCACAGGGCACCUGUUACCAUCCUCACCACAGGUUUUGGUAUCAUAACAAAUGACAUGGGUUCAAGUGCUGGGCCCACUGACUCAGCAUACAGCUUUUCAUGGUCACUUCAUCUCUGUGGGCCUCAUUUUCUCAUCUCCGAAGGGCAGGUAACAGGACUUUGUACGACUCUCAGAAGAACAGACUCAGAUGAAGUCUUAGUGCUGUGCCCGGCAUGUAGUAAGUGCCCCAUAAAUGGUAGCUUUAAAAAAAAAAACCUAGUAUUAUUAAGGUCUAGAAAAGUAAGUUAGGGCCGGAACAUAGAGGCUCCUUUCUGCCAAGGCAAGGGAUUUAGAUGUUGUCCUUCAGCCCAUGGGCAGCCAUUGAAGAUACUCCAGCAGGGAAUGGCAUCAAAGAAAUUGAUGUUUGGGGAAAUCUCCACCUGUCAUCAAUUUGGGGUGCACCGGAAGCAAGAAGGAAUGUUGGACCCUGCUCAGGCUCCAUUGGUGUCCAAGCAAAAUGGAUGAGGGCCCAGGGAGGUAGCAAAGGGAAUGGAAUGGAAAAACAGAAUCAAGACCUUUAAAAAGGAAGAUGGCUGAGGAGGAUGAGUUGGUCCCUGGGCUGAGAGGCAGUAGAGGAAAAUGAAGGAGGAUGUACCAAAAAUGGCAUCAACCCAGACUGGGGUGUGCGUGUUCUCUGUCCUGGGGGUGGGGGUGACUGUCGACCCAGGUCCCAACACCGUGGUUUUGGGCACAUUGAUUGGUUGUACAUUUUGUGUCAUGCUUUGUGCACAAAGGGUUCGAGAUGGUUUUACAUGGUCUAUACUUUCCUCGUGAGGAAAAAUGAACUGAAACACUAAUGACCAAAGGAAAGAGGAGAUGGAAGCGAGAGCAACAUUGUCGGGAAGUAGAGAAUGAGGAAUAAGAUGACUGACAACACAGGGAUGGGAGUGGUGGUGUCGGUCCCACAAUGUCAACUUGUGGCCUUGGAAUUCUAUUAUUUCCCACCUACCCCCUUCCUUAGGGAAGCAUCCCUCCCAAAGGGACAGAAAAAGCAGGUUCUUUGACCUCUUUUCUAACUUCCAGAAUAACAGUGGGGUAUUUCUCAGUGGUAUUUUUCAUCUUCCUUUUCUUUGUAAUGGCAGAAGCAAGGGCAGUUGCCUUCUUCUCCAGAAGCAGUAAAAGUCCCAGGAAAGGAUGAGAGGGAGGGAAAGCAAGCAAGAGCAACAGAAAGGGAGAGAGAGAACCCAUCGCCAGGUGACCUGCUGGUCGGACGGUGGUCGUGGCGGCUGCCACAGAACCAUCCAGCUUGUGGCUUUGCUUCCUCUUUCUUUCUCUCUAGUCGCACAGAAUCACUCAGCCCUAGAUUCCUCUUGGGUUUCAGAAUGCAAGAGGUCUGUGAGGAUACCUUGCAGUGCCUGAGGCCCAUGAGAGCGUUCCCAGCCACCGCAGAAUGUUUGGAGUCUCCGGGCAAGUGUUUCCAAGUGUUGUCUCUGGGCAGUUGUUGUCAGCUGCUGGGUGGCGUGGGGAGAAAACAAGGCAAAGUUGUUUCCUGCAGGUCUCUGCUGACAGUGCUAAUGGAGAGUCACUCAACACUUGGUAUCUCAGUAACGAAGAAGACGCAUACAUCUCAAAUUGAAAUUAUUCCUUGCAAGAUCUGUGGAGACAAAUCAUCAGGAAUCCAUUAUGGUGUCAUUACAUGUGAAGGCUGCAAGGGCUUUUUCAGGAGAAGUCAGCAAAGCAAUGCCACCUACUCCUGUCCUCGUCAGAAGAACUGUUUGAUUGAUCGAACCAGUAGAAAUCGCUGCCAACACUGUCGAUUGCAGAAAUGCCUUGCCGUAGGGAUGUCUCGAGAUGCUGUAAAAUUUGGCCGAAUGUCCAAAAAGCAGAGAGACAGCUUGUAUGCAGAAGUGCAGAAACACCGGAUGCAGCAGCAGCAGCGAGACCACCAACAGCAGCCUGGAGAGGCUGAGCCGCUGACACCAACCUACAACAUCUCGGCCAACGGGCUGACAGAGCUUCAUGAGGACCUCAGCAACUACAUUGACGGGCACACCCCUGAGGGGAGCAAGGCAGACUCUGCUGUCAGCAGCUUCUACCUGGACAUACAGCCUUCCCCAGACCAGUCAGGUCUUGAUAUCAACGGAAUCAAGCCAGAACCAAUAUGUGACUACACACCAGCAUCAGGCUUCUUUCCCUACUGUUCUUUCACCAAUGGAGAGACUUCCCCAACUGUGUCCAUGGCGGAACUAGAACACCUUGCACAGAAUAUAUCUAAAUCACAUCUGGAAACUUGCCAAUACUUGAGAGAAGAGCUCCAGCAGAUAACGUGGCAGACUUUUCUGCAGGAGGAGAUAGAGAGCUACCAAAACAAGCAGCGGGAGGUGAUGUGGCAAUUGUGUGCCAUCAAAAUCACGGAGGCUAUACAGUAUGUGGUGGAGUUUGCCAAACGCAUUGAUGGAUUUAUGGAACUGUGUCAAAAUGAUCAAAUUGUGCUUCUCAAAGCAGGUUCUCUAGAGGUGGUGUUUAUCAGAAUGUGCCGUGCCUUCGACUCUCAGAACAACACCGUGUACUUUGAUGGGAAAUAUGCUAGCCCCGAUGUCUUCAAAUCCUUGGGUUGUGAAGACUUUAUUAGCUUUGUAUUUGAAUUUGGAAAGAGUUUAUGUUCUAUGCACCUGACCGAAGAUGAAAUUGCAUUAUUUUCUGCAUUUGUACUAAUGUCAGCAGAUCGCUCAUGGCUGCAGGAGAAGGUAAAGAUUGAAAAACUGCAACAGAAAAUUCAGUUAGCUCUUCAACAUGUCCUGCAGAAGAAUCACCGAGAAGAUGGAAUCCUAACAAAGUUAAUAUGCAAGGUGUCUACGUUAAGAGCCUUAUGUGGACGACAUACAGAAAAGCUAAUGGCAUUUAAAGCAAUAUACCCAGACAUUGUGCGACUUCAUUUUCCUCCAUUAUACAAGGAGUUGUUCACUUCAGAAUUUGAGCCAGCAAUGCAAAUCGAUGGGUAAAUGUAUCACCUAAGCACUUCUAGAAUGUCUGAAGUACAAACAUGAAAAACAACAACAACAACAAAUUAACCAAGACACUUUAUAUGGCCCUGCACAGACCUGGAGCGCCAACACACUGCACAUCUUUUGGUGAUCGGGGUCAGGCAAAGGAGGGGAAACAAUGAAAACAAAUAAAAGUUGAACUUGUUUUUCUCAUGCAUAUGAUUUCCAUUAUGCCUACAGAUAUGGACCCUUUUUCUGUCUCAACUUCUCAAUCAUUGACCUCUGUUUACAACUGAAGGAGGGUACUAAAGUCGGAGGAUUUCCUUUUCUUGUAGCUCACUGCCCACAGACUUUCUGCAGAGUCACCAAUCUGUCGGUAACAACAGAGAGUCCAGCAAUAAUCGGUGACUGGUGUGCAUAGCGGAGGUUGCGGCAUUAUUUUGCACAACUUGCUCUCUGUUUCAUGAAGGAAGUUUUUAUGUUUCCACCGAUUAUUGCCAGUCAGCAGGAUGGCAUGAAAAGGGUCCAUAGCACUAGCAACAAUAGCAUUAUAAUAUAUUACAGGGUAAAUGGGCAUGAAGACUAUAUAUAGCUAAAAGAGAUAUUGUUUAUAUAUUGUUUUAAUUAAUAUAAAAUGUAGUUACUGGUGUAGCUUUUCCUGUUGAAUUGAUAAGGCACUUUCAUUUUGCACCUUUUUCUUUAAAUUAAAUGCUAGCGUGUUCACUGUCGUGUCGCAUGUGCACCAGAAACACAAGUUUAACUGAGAAGGCUUGGAAGGUACGUCAGGAGGUAUUUAUGCUGCUGUUUACAAAUUACUUUUAAAAGACUGGCUGGUCAUAUCUAGAAAUCACGAUGUGGAUUAUUAUUUUUUUUUUUACACGUGAAUUCGGAAUUAGAACUCUACCUAAAUUAUACUUUGCUUCGUGGUAAGUUUAAGGAUAGAUGUGUUUAUGCUUCAUACAAAGUUGAAUGAUCGAUUGGUGCUAUGGACUUACACCAUCACGCACAUUAUUUUUAAAAAAGCUUUUUUAAAUGCCACCUCAUGGAGGCAGGGGAGAGAGGGGAGGCUCAUUUUACACAAUUCUAUAGUUAUAUGGAGUCCAUCUCAACUUGGAACUCUUAAUGCUUUGAGAACAAAUCAGUAACCCAAAUAUUUAUUGGAAUUCAGCUUUUAUUAUAAGAAGGACCCAAAGAUUAUAUCUGGAGCAAAUACACACUCCCCAUGUGAGGACAUGAAGCAUUUACUUUGUGAAUGAUUAUGUUCUUGGUAUAAUCUAGGAACCCUAAGAGGAUAUCUCAGAGUAAACUAGUUCUAGACUAGCUGCCUCUAGAUGCUAUAAUUCUAGAAUAUUGCUCUCCAUAGCUCACAGACCCUGGAUAGAGGGGCGAGAGAGGCAUGCAAUGCAGAACCAGUUUCUCUUACUUAAAUAUGAAAUAUUUUAAGCAUUCAAAGUGAAGUUGAUGUUAAGCUGCAAACAUUUACUCUUGUAUUUAUCUUCACUAGAAAACUGUGGACUAUAAUUUAUUUUAUUAAAUAUUUAGAAGAUUGUUUGGCUUUUGUGUUCAGGUGAGAAAUAUUGAAUGUUCUUGUUUAAUUUCAUGUUUUGGGUUUUUUUUUAAUUUUAAUAAUUCCCAGGGGGAAGGGAAAAUGAACAGUCUGAUAUACAGGUGUGCAUAUUUGAAAAAAUAAGUGCCCUUUGGAAAUGUAGGCAUUUAGAAGAUGAUUUUAGUCACCCUGGGGGUAGGAUUCAAACUUGUGGUCUGACAUCAAAGACCACGUUUGUACAGAAAAGGAAAUAUCUUCCCAUAGCAUAAAGGUGGGAGUGUCCAGGCAGCCCUUUAUAGCAGAGAAAGUGUCUCUACCACCAGGGUCCCUCCUGAAUCCUGAUGUCACGUGGAUAACAGCAUGGGCUUCCCAGAGCCCGAUACUCUGGCUUUAACUCCACUGAUUUUCUGACUUGUUUCCUGAGGGAUUUGGAGAAGAGGAAGGGAUUAUUCACACAAAAGUGUGUAUGAAGCCUAAAUAACAUCUUAAAUUUUUUUUUCAAAAAUAUAGUAAGGGUUUAACCAUAAAUAGAAGACGCAAGUAAUAUUUACUUACAUUUCUUACAAGUAUAUAAAACUUUAUGUGAGUGUUUAUACAGAGAGGUUAACUAUCAGCAUAUAGUAUUUAUAUUUGGGCAAGAAGGGUUAAAUCAAAAUUUUAAUUUAAAUAAGCAUAGUUCCUGUAAGGAUCAAUAGUAUUUAUACUCUGAAAAGAGUACCACGUUUAGUUCAGUUAUUUAUUUGUCCAUCUUUUUUCCUAUUAUUUCUCUUGUGGGGGAAAAUGGUAUGGUAUUGUUUUUUGGGGUGGUUUUUUUUUUGGUCUGUUUUUUGGCUUUUUGUCAUUCUGAUUCACUAAAUUUGGGGGUGGUUUGAUUAAAGUAUAUUAACUUCUUUUUAACCAAAGCUUUCUGAAUAUGACCAGCCUCAGGUGCUAGCGCAUUAAAGAGCAACUAAACCUAAUUCCAGUGUCCACUUGUGAAAUGAAAAGAGCUAAUUGAACUUCUCUAAGGGUGAGAGAGAGCAUAAUGUUGAGCUUAAAAGAAAUUCCUUUUCCCAGAAGGGAUUUUGCAUGUACCAAAUGCAAAAAAAAAAAAAAAAUGACGCUUAAUCUCAAUAGUAGUCCCACCAUGGUGACAUUGCUUUUAGAGUAAACCAAGAUACAUUGACAUGAUGCUGCUACCAGAUCUUUCUGAAAGAAAAGCAAGGUGAGGAUUUUAAGAGCAAAGUACAUUGACAGUGUAGGGACAGAGCAGGAGAGGUGUGCUCGGUGAACAGAGGGAACAACUAUUAUUUGGAUAAAAGUUGGGAUCUGAAGUUAAACAAUAAAUUCAGUUUUAAAAAGUGAAGUUCAGAAAAGGAUGUGAAAAACUUUGCAUUUUUAUUUUCUUUCUUACUAUAGAAACACCUGUGUGAUGACACAAAAUACUUGGUGAUACAGAACAAUUAUUCUUAAGAGUGCUUAUAAACUAAAGUUUCCUAAACUAAAAUAUCCAGUAGUCUUUGAAAGAUUGGAAUCACAUCAUUGUUAUCCCAGCUGCUAUGUCUUGUAUACAAUUUUUCAUAUAAGGUACGUAAGGCUUUUGUACAAAGCCCGAAUACCUUUGGUUACAAUGGUGUCAAAUGAUUGCAUUAUACUCUGGAGAACCUGGCCUUGGUCACAAUGAAAACAAAAGUGCAGAUGAAAGUGCUUUUUUGGACAGUUUGCAAAUUGUGUUAAAGCUCUGGAUUUUUUUUUUAAGUGUUCAGCAUCCUAAUUUGCGUUAAAGCUAUGGAUUUUUAAAAAAAAGUCUUCAGCAUCCUAAUUCACCCUUCCUAAUUUAAGGAAAACAUGACUUACGGCACUGCUUCUAAGUUUGGUUGUUCUUUAUAGUGUGGAUACCCGGAUCUCUGUGAGCGUAUGGGGGUGGGCUGAGGGCCAGGGAGGAGGGAGUAUGUGUGGGUGGGUGUGUAUGCAGGUGUGGGUGUGGUUUUCGUGUGUAUGAUGUGCGUGUGUCGGACCGCUUCUAGGCUACUAAGUGUCAAUGGAAAAGAAGAUGUAUUCAAAAUACUUAAAUCAAAACUAGAAGAUGGGGGAAAAAAUGACUUAUUCUAUACAAAGCCUUGUCUGGACCACUUUAGAGAGACUUCUAUUUUUUUAACCCUUCUAUAAAUAUUUGAUGGCACUUGAAAUAUUCCUGCAAUAAAAUGUGAUUUGUGUAAAGAAAAAAAAAAGAUUUUGUAAUGUGAAACAAAGAAAGAAAGUAAUGUAAUUUUCUAAAAAAAAAAAUACAAACAAACAAACUUUGUAUUAUUUUCUUGAUGGAAUUUGUCUAUCUGUCUUUGGGAAACUUUUUAUUUCAUUGAAUGUGCCAUAGUAGAAAUAUGUGUUUUUAGUUUUAGACUAAGGAAUAGCUGUUUGUGUUCCGACAUUCCAAAAUGCAAAACAACCUAGUGGAAUCUUGAAUGAAAAGGUUUAAGUAGGAUGUAAGCUUCUCUCAUUGUUGCUUUUUUGCACAUGUUCUCCAUUCCUCUCUAGUGCAAUAUGUACAUAGAGCACUUGCGGGUGUACCUUGAUCCCUCAGGGAAAAAAUACAUAUUUGUACAGUUUUGGUUUGUUUUGGGUUUUUUUUUUUUGGUUGGUUUUUUUUUGUUUUGUUUUGUUUUUGGGUUGUUUUUUUUGUUUUGUUUUGGUAUGGUUUGGUUUUUUUUGCCUUUUGUUUUUGGCUAAGGAAUGUCGAUUGAAUCACUUGUUAUUGUUGAGGGGCAGCCAGAUAAUAAUCCUAAAGCCACUGUUUUCAAACAUUGAUUGUUUAAAUCACGUGUCCUUCCAGUGCUAUUAUUUUAAGGUAAUAAUAAUAAAAAAAGUUAUUUUCUGACAGUUCUUUGUGCUGAUUGGUGGAAAAAAAAAAGGGUAAAUAAGCACCUUAUGAUUGACUUACUGUGAAUGACAAUCCAUCUUGAUAUCAACAAUAGAAACCCUAUCACUUUGGAGUUGGGGUUAAGAGUCAGAAACAAUGUGCUCAGGGAUCUCCUAAAACUCUUCAAACAGGGUGGCCAGUACUACUGGGACAAAUUGUGUUUUUUAUUAUUAAUAAUAGUGAUAAUAAUGCUAUCCCUCAAGGCACAAGUGAACUGUGUAGGACUGCAUGUGCGUGCGUGUAAACUCUUCACUAUCGUCUUGUUUUGUUGAGUUCAAAAUGUAUGUGUUCUUCAGUCUUGUGUGGUUAAAAACAUGGAAUAACUUCCAAAGCAGUACUUCACAAGGUACAUUAAUAGGCGAUAUACCAACAGGGAGUAUCACUUCAAGUGCAUUUCCACAUACUCCAUUUACCUUUCUCUAAUAAUUAAACCAUCCAUGAUAAAUAUAUUCAUAGCAUUAUAUGUUAGGAACUAUUUCAAAUUCUACAUGGUGUGCAAAAAAUUGUUGAAACCACUCAUGAGAUGAGAGCCUGCUUAUUGGUGCAGUGAAACAGGUGAAAAGUUUGAACAAGUCUUUUCAAAUGCUAGCAAAUAACUUAUUUUAAUUGUGUUCUCCAGAAGCAAACCAAAAAAUCCCUCUAUGUAACACCAUUCUUUUACUUCCACAUUUAUAGUUUUCAUCCAUUGAAUUAAUACAAGAGCUAAUGUUUAAAGACAAUAUAACAGCACCACAAGCCAGCUUUUAGGUUACGUUGGACAUUUUUGAACUGGAGCGUCGCUCUUAUGUUUCCUUGUAUUACUUUUCAUAAGGUCAGUGAACCUCAGUAUGCUGUUGGCUUUGAUUCUUCCAUACCUGGAACACACAUUCAGAAAAAGUUUUACAUAUUUUCUUACUCCCAUAGCAGAGUAUAAUUUGGGAAAACUUUCCAUGUUGUUUAGAUGAAAAAGAAACUUGGACCUUGUUGGUUUUGAUAUUAAAGACUAUGGAACAUGGCAGAAAUCUCUGUCUCUCCCUGUCUCUCUCUCUUACUCUCUCUGCCUAUAUAUAUGUAUACACACACACAUACAUAUAGGUAUAUAUACAUACACAUAUACAUAUAUACAUACAUAUGCAUAUAUAUAAACACACAGGUUAUUGACGUUUUCACAUACUGUCUCAUGUGAUUGCCACUUCUUACUUAUAAAGAUAUGAUACAACAGAACCCUAUGAAAACAACUUUAUACUAUGGAUCAGAUUAACAAAUGUAAUUGCAAUAGUAAAUCUUGAUCUGUUGCUAAUGUCUGUAAUACAAGUCUUCGUUCUAUCUCUAAACACUAGUAUUAUUAAAGAGGUGCCACCAGAUUUGAUUUUUUAUUAAAGAGGCCUUCCUAUUAUUGUUUAUUCUUAAGGUAUGAGAAGGCGGCAGAUUGGUAAAUGUCUCUACAUAGCAAUCGGUUUCACUUCUGGGUCUGUUGCUUGUUUGUGUGAGAUCAGUUUUGUCAGGCUCUCAGAAUAAUUUUUAAAAUAAUCCAGAAGCCUGGCUUUAUACCAAGGAAACAUCACAGAUAGAGGGAUCUCCGUGUUUAACCAGACCCUCAGAUCUUAGAGCAAUAAAUACAUUCAUUCAGUCAUUUACUUAUUUACAAAUGAAUGACAGAAUAUUCAGUCCAAAUAGAGAUGUUUUUUCAGCAAUGCAACAUAAAAUGGAGUCUUGUGUUGAGAAACUGAACAUGAAUAUUUUAAAUAGAUGCCUAUAGAAUCUGUGUUUGCUGUUUACAUUUAGUGUGUUUGCCACAUUUCCUUUUACUUCUUUCCUUCUAAGGACUAAUGAAAGACAGCUUGCUACUAGCAUUGACACACUGCACACGCCAUUAUGUUGUUCUCUAAGAGCAACUAAACUCUCUCCAAUGUCUGUGUGUUUCCUUUUCACUCAUUAUGACUUUAACGUGGAUGAAUACCAUUUCUAGGAACUUGGUUAUUAUUAAACAGAUUGCAUAUGUAAAUGCAGAUAAUUCUUGAGCAAUAUAGUGAAUAUGAUUUCACACACAAAAAAUCCAUAUGUACUGUACACAUCUUCCUGAAUCCGAAAUUCUCUUCUUAUCCACAGUGGUUUGAAAUCUCAUAUAAAACAGUGGUAAAUUUUAAACGUUAGGACAUUAGCUGGCUGCUUCUUUAAAUGUACCUGUAUUGUCUGCCUGCUCCUUUUGUGGAGAUGUGUUUUUGUAUUGGAUGUUUGGGCCAAUGGGAGGCUUCAAGCUACAACAUAUUUUCCCAGUUUAAAUAUAUUUAACAUAUGACAAACCCCAGACAAGGCUUUUAAUAUGUAUAAAGAACUGCAGUGUUAGGUGGUUUAUUUGCAAACCGUUUUCAAUGUUGUCCAUUUUUAUGGCACCUUUAACGAUAUUCUUGUUUCCAAAGUACAAAAAAAAAAAAAAUAGGUUAAAUAAUCUAGCCAUAACUGAAUGUCAAGCAAUAAAACAAAUGACUUUUGUGCAUAGACUUAAAAAAAUACAAAUUUUAGACAUCUGCAUGUAAAUGCAAUCUCUUGUUUACUGCUUUCUUCAACUUGAGCAAUUGAUUCCUUAUUUACUAUUAACUUAAGAACUUGUAAUGGCCUGUAAACAUUUUCUCUCUUACUCUUCUUUCAAAUUUACCUUUGUCCCUGCUUUUAAGUCAUAAUAUUUAAUGUUGUUCUGCACAUCUCUAUACAGUUAACUUUUUGGCUUUCAUUCUGUAUAGAUAAGAAAAUGUUAUAUUAUAAACAGCCUACUCAGUGCAAAUAUUUAUCUGUUUAUCAAAUCCACAAUAUGCUGUAUAAUACUGGUUUUACUAUAUAAUCUAUUUUAGACAUAGCUGUUUAGAACUAGAGUGUGCUAUUUUUGUGUUUUUCUGAUGUGUGGUGCUAGAUAAGUUACUUUUGUGAACAACAAAAAAAUCCCUUUUAUUCCUAGACAAUACCACCUUUGGGUCUUGUUAAUUUCACUGAGUAUAACUAUAUAUUUGUAUAUAUAUACAUAUAUAUAUAUAUAUAUCUACCUGUUCCCACUGGCAGCUGUAUCAGAGUGCUGGAUUUGGGACAUGCUUUUCUCUUUAAAUACAUAAUAUCAUUAUAUAAAUUAUUCUAGAGUGUAUUUAAUUAGGAUAAAAUUACUUCCUUAGUAUGGAUAUUUGACAUCUAUAGGGUGAAUUUGUUUAUAAAUAUGGAUAUAUGAAAAUUUAUUAGCAUUUACUUUAUGUUUGCUACUUGGCUUUAUACCGUAUCUCCUGAGAUGAGAAAUAAUUUGCCAGGCCUUCAAGAUCCUAAAGAAACACUCUAGUUUAAUGGAGUAAUACUUUUGUUUUUUCUUACGAAGGAAUUAUAUUAUUGGCACCUGACAGAGUUGUGUACUUAGCUCCUAUUAUAGAUGAUAGGCAUUCAUAUAAAAUAUCCUUGGUGGCUUGAUGGCAGAAACUUUCCCCUCCUACCUGAGCCAUGGGAAGCAUAGAGAUGUCCACUAUCAUGGCAGAACAUGGGCCACAAAGCAAAUUUGACAAGAGAUGUUCUGUUUUAAUCUGACCUCAACCAGUUCCAUGAACUGAGUGAAAGACCUUCACUUUAAAACUCUUUCACCUGUUCUCCCAAGACCUAUUGGCUUUCUUACAAAUCAAAGUAUAUCAAAUAUCUGACUAAGGAUGUAGUUAACCUUAUUAAAUAUUGAUUAGAAUUGUUCUGUAAUAUUACUGAAUUUGUAAGAUCUUUAGCAAAGAUUUUUGAGCAAUUUAUAAAUAUAGAGCAAAUGUUUCUGUUUACUGCACUUUUUGUAAUUGAAGGUAAUAAAUUCUCAAGCCAUGGUUAUUGGCUUCCGUGCACUGCAUAUUUACCCACAAUUCUAGACAUUUUCCAUUUUUAUGGAAGAGUUGCUGUUACCUUAAUUAUAAAUGCAAUCAUGUGGUUAAUGAGAGCGAAUGCUAAGAGUUAACCUUUUAAAGUGAAUUGGCUACAGUUUAGGGAGAAAUCUCUUUUAAAUACAAAACACGUCAUUCCUUAUUGCUUCACGUAGAGAUUGAAACCUGUUUUUGUUUUGCUUUGUUUUGUUUUGUUUUGUUUUUCAGCACCAUUUAGCAUCCUAAAGUUCCUGAGGGUAGAGAUUGUAUCUCUUCGCAUCUACACAAUGGCCAGCACACGUCAGCAUUUGAUAACUGUUAAAUGACAAGUGUGCCCAAAUUAAAACUUUUUCCUGGGAUUCUUUUUUUUUUUUUUUGGUAAAUUUAUAAAGUAUGUCAAGCCUUAUGGUUAACACUUUCUUCUACAACCAAGUAAUAAAGCCACAUUUAAAAAGACCACAUGAAAUGCUGAUUCUAAUUGUGUGUAGGUCUUAAGGAUUAAGCACACAAAUGUCACAAAACUCUGUGAGUAACAAACUCAGCCUUCUGUAAAUAUACAUGCAAGUUUGGAAACAGUAAUACUGUACCUAUAAAUAUAUGCUGUCUGUUUUGUGUACAGUAUGUAAAAACUCCUUUUCUGCCACACUAAAAAUGCAAGCCAUUUACGGGAAUCCUAAAAACAGUAUUGUACUAAAACUUUGCUAAUGAUCUUUAUUAAAGGAUCAUCCAACUUUUCACUUACAUUGGGUUUUCUUUUCAAUUCACUCUUACGGUAGUCUGCUUAUUUCCAGCUGUUUGUUAUUUUAUUGAGUCCUCAAUUUAAAAAAAAAAUAUUUUGAUUCAUUUUGUAAAUACAAGCUGUAAAAAAAAAAAAGAGAGAUUUAAUGUUGUCUUUUAAAUACUCCGAUUUUCAUUCUAAUAUGAAUGUUGUUAUAUUGUACUUAGAAACUGUACCUUUAAUAUUACAUUACCUUUAUUAAAAGUGCAUUGAACACAUCAAUUUUAGAUGUGCUUUAUGUACUGUUAUCCUAUAAUAAAACUUCAGCUUCUAAUGGAA